UUUCAGGAAGUGCCGUUAAAUACCAGGAAGUUGUAAACAAAGCUGACAGCUAUUUAGUUAGCUGUUAACUACAUCCCAAUGGAUGCUGAGCCAGUCGUGUAAAAAACAGGCUAUUUACAUCGCCGAUAUCGUGUGUAUUUAACAACAAUACAUCGAAAUAUUUAGUUUUAUAUAGAAAUAGUUUCGAGGGAAUAGAUAUAUUCCGUGUGUUUGUUUAACAAACGUUAGCUUCCGUUUACUCGCUAGGAAAAAGGCUAACGUCUGCAACAAGGACGUUAGUGCCAGUAGCAUCGACGCUUUGACGACGUGAAAACGAGUAUUAUUACCCCGGAUAGUGUGUUAAUCAUCGAUCACCUGAUUGUUGUUGUUCUGCUGUCUGGGAGCAGAAAGAGCGAGAGAGAGCUGGUCCACUUAAAGCAGGACAACAAUGUCUACAUCGAACGCUAAUUUCAAAAACAAGUGUGUGACUCAGGUGAACUGCAUCUUCUGUGACAGCCUGCUGUGCACGAGAGGCAUGAAAGCUGUGCUUCUUGCAGACACCGAGGUUGAGCUCUUUUCCACUGAUAUACCUCCCAAUAGAACUGUUGACUUUGUGGCCAGCUGCUACUCUACUGAAAGCUGCAAAUGCAAACUGAGAGACAUCGCAUGUCUCAAGUGCGGUAAUGCUGUGGGCUACCAUGUUGUGGCCCCCUGUAAACCCUGCCUGCUCUCCUGUAACAACGGCCAUUUCUGGAUGUUCAACAGCGAUGCUGUAUCUACUCUCAACAGACUGGAUGCGACAGGUCUGAACCUGCUCCUGUGGGGAGAUCUUCCCGAACUGGACGACAGCGAGAACGAAGAAUCGGAAAGCCCAUCAGAGGAGGAGUGUAUCAGGUAGAGAGGGAAAUGGACAAUGUGAGAGACCUGGGAUGCCAACAUUUGAAGUGGAGCUAGAAGAGUGUACAAACCAUGCUUGAGAUGAGAGAGAAAAGAGACGCUUUAAAGGGUAAUUUAAUACUGAAUCAGAUAGGGCAGAAAAGUGCUGCUGUACUGCUCUGCAUGGGUUGAAAACUGAAACCAUGGUGAACACCUGGCAAAAACCCAAUCAGUGAUGUCACAGCAGGUGUUUUGCCUUUGACAGUUGAUGGAGAACACCUGCUGUGAGAUCACUGAUGGGGGUGUGGCCAGAAACACAACAUGGCCCAAAGUUAGAACCCACAGAGAAUUAGUGCAGCAAAGGUUUUUGGCCCUAUGUAAUUUAGUGUUGAAUCACACUUGUGACCUGUGACCAUGCCUUUCCCCCCCAUCACUUUUCACUGUUAAAAGCACAGACGCACACAAUGUCACACACAUUCUUUACUCUCUUUUUCUCUUCUUUGUAUAUUUGCAUGGGCUACUGUAAAACACGUGGCUGAAGUAGACUGAAAAUAACAAACGACUAGACUCCUUAAUCUAGUGCAUUCUACGUUUCAUCACUGAGCUCAUGGUUUUGAUCGGCCUCAUGAGAAGUCGGGGGUGUGGUGUGAUAAAUCAGUGGAACUUGUCAGCGAAUGCUGUGCUUUUUCACGCCGUUUACGUUCAGUACAACUUUCCGAUAAGAUGACCACAAUUCGCCUACCUUCUUUUUAAUGGCAGUUAUAAUCUGUACAUUGAAUAUGCUGUAAUAAGCAAAAAAA